AUGAACGAGCUGCUGGACCCGCAGCUGGAGAACAAGGUCGACCGGCUGGAGCUCGAGCACAUGUGCGCCGCCGCCGCCGCCGCCGCCGUCCGCCACUCCGCCAAGCGGCGCCCCAAGAUGAAACAGAUCGUUCGUGCCCUGGAGGGCGACGCGUUGCUGGACGACCUGAACGAGGGGGUGAAGAAGCCGGGGCAGAGCAUGAUGUUCAGCUCCAGCUCGGAGUACGACGCCGGCGGCGGCAACUACACCUCCGACAUCAGCAGGUUCAGGAAGGUGGCCUUCGAGAGCGGCGAGUACAGCAACGAGUACAGCGCGACGAGCGAGUCCGAGGAGGCGCCGGCGGCGCCCCGUCGGCAGCAGCAUCACUGA